AGAGCUGCAAAACCUUACAGAACAUGUUUUCCCUGCUCUGACUGUGACCCAUGGUUACUGGGGAAGGGGAUUAGCUGCACAGGUCAACCUGAACGUCAACAGUGGGUGAGGGGGACUAGACAGCAUGCUUGGAGUGCCCAGGAGGCAUUCGCGUGAGAGAAAUCCGGUGCUCAGUUUUUAUUGGAGAGGCGAGAACAGCCCCCAAAUCCAGGAAGAGAACCUGUUCCUACAGGACGCUCAGGGGAGAGGAGGGCUCCACCCAGACUUGUGUUUGCCCUGCUCUGUGUAUUCAGCCAGCAGGCUCCAGAGAAGGAAGCAAAGGGCAGGGAGCUGGGCUCAGCUGAUAGCCUGGCACUGGGCAGCACCAGCUGGAGACCGGGCACGGUGAACAGGAGCAGCUCCGGGAGACACCAGGGAACAGGAGACAGCCCCCACACCCACCCCAGGGGCUCAGCAGGAACAAUGGGUAACCAAAUGAGUGUUCUGCAAAGAAUUGAAGAUCAAGAGAAUGACUCGGAGACAGACACAUACAAGGUGGCAUCUGAGCAUGAGUGUGGUCAAAACGGGAUGCCGGUGAUCGUAUCAACCCGCACGAUUCAGCUGUAUGACGAAGUCGAUUUGGGAAUAAGCAUCAAGGAGGAUAAUGCAGCCACUUCUUCCCCCAAGACAAUGGAGAUAAGCGCUGUGGCCGAUGCCAACGGAAAGAAUCUUGGGAAAGAGGCCAAAGCCGAGGCACCAGCUGCUAAAUCUCGCUUUUUCUUGACACUCUCUCGGCCUGUACCAGGACGUACCGGAGACCAAGCCACGGAUUCAUCCACUGGACCAGGGAAGCUUGAUGUCAGCUCCAAUAAAGCUCCAGGGAACAAAGAGCCGAGUGAGAGCCGCGGACUUCCAGCAGCAGCUGCACAGGGGCCCGGCCCCGAUAAAAGCCGGGGGCCCGCCCAGGCCGCAGACCAAGCCUUCGGGGCCACCUGGGAAGCAGCGCCUCUGGCCCCUGAGUCAGGGGGAGCAGCCCCCUCCAAGCCUAAGGACUCUGGCUUUUUUGACAAACUCUUCAAACUGGACAAGGGACGGGAAGAGGUGCCAGGUGACAGCCACCAGGAAGCCAGGAGCGCAGAGCAUCCAGACCUGGCUCACAAAGUCCCUGGAUUAUCAAGGCAGCCCCAGGAUGUCCCUGCAGAGAGGGACAUAGUUGACAGCAAGGAGCAAGAAGGAAAGGAAAUCACAACUGUGACUUGCUCUGCCUCAGGGGACCCUGAAGAACUAGAGAUUGCAAAGGAGGACCCCCAGACAAGAAGUACAGCAGAUAAUAAUACUUCCAUCAUGAGCUUUUUUAAAACUCUGGUUUCACCUAACAAAGCUGAACCAAAAAAAGAUCUGGAAGACACGGCAUCCAAAACAGAAAGUGUCUGUGAUGGACAAGCUGGGCCCACGACCUCCGAGAAUCGGGCGAAAAGCACCAAGAAAAAGCACCUGCAUAGCCCCAGGCUAGGAUUCGCCUUUAGACAAUUCUUUAGGCAUAAGGGUGCCGAAAAGUCACCCACCACUUCAGCUGACCUCAAGUCAGACAAAGCCAACUUUAUACCCCAGGAGACCCAAGAGGCAGCCAAGAAACCUACACCCACUGAAACAGCAAAGGAAGGGGCCAAGGAAAAGGGGGGACCCACCUCUCUGCCUCUGGGCAAACUGUUCUGGAAAAAGUCCGUUAAAGAGGAUUCAGUCCCCACAGGUGCAGAGGAGAAUGAGGUGUGUGAAUCACCAGUAGAGGUGGUAAAGUCCAAGGAAAUAGAAUCAGCCUUACAAACAGUGGAUCUCAAUGAAGAAGGAGAGGCCACAGUUGAACCCGCAGAAGCCAAGCUCAAGAGAGAAGAGCAGAAACCACGGAGAACCUCCUUGAUGGCGUUUCUCAGACAAAUGUCAGUGAAAGGGGAUGAAGGGAUCACCCGCUCAGAAGAAAUAAAUGGGAAAGACUCCAGCUGCCAAACAUCGGACUCAGCGGAGAAGGCCCUCACACCACCAGAGGCUGAACCAGCCGGAGCGGGCCCGAAGGGCAAAGAAAGCUCCUCUAAGGACAAGAAAGCGGCGGCAGAGGCGAGCAAGCAGAAGAACACCAAGCAGGAAGCCCAAGGACCAGCCCCGAGCGCGGAGCCCCUGAACGCGGAGGUGAAUUCGCUGCCCAACGGAGAGAAGUCCCAGAGGAGACCCGAGAAGCGGCGGCAGUCCCUGGGGGGCUUCUUUAAGGGCCUGGGACCAAAGCGGAUGCUGGACGCUCAAGUGCAAACAGACCCCGUAUCCAUUGGACCCGUUGGCAAACCCAAGUAAACAAACCUCUACAGUUCCCACCAAGUUCUCCUGCCACCAAGAUGUCUUCUCCCAAUCCACCUCCUCCCCAAGCCCACUCCAUGUAUAUAUUUUUCUUCUGAUGGCCAUUGAAUGAAAUUCUGCCUCCAAAUUAAGCCUGAGCUGUUGUAUAUUGAGGUGUAUUAUUUAUGUCUCUGGUCCAGUCUUUCCUGGUAAAUACUGUAAAGAUGGCUUAGCAGGUUAACUAGGCAGGUCAGAAGAGUUGAAGGUUGUCAAGCACAGGGGGGAAGGGGUGAAGGAAUGCAUUCUGGUUAAGUUGUGAAAACAGCAGUGACAAGUAUGUGGCAGAAGAAAAAUGCCUGCUGGAAGGAAUUAAGCGUUGCAGUAAAUUCGUGCUCAUCCUCUAAGUUUGAGGAGGAGAGACGAAAAGUUUGCCUAAAUUUGAGUUUCAAGGGGGGAGAAUAUGGGCUCUGUGUUGGGAGAUUGCCAAUUUCCUGGAAUGGAAUGUGUGGGGAAUGAAAAGGAAUUCUUAGAAGUUGUUUUUCACAUAGGGCCCUGGAAAAUUGUUGAUGGGAGGGAGAAGAUUGACUGGAUUUGUGGAAGCAAUUGCGUUUUGAAGCUCAGUGACAGGGGCAAGGAUUACAACUUCAGAACAAAACGCACCAAAAUAAAUGAAGUUGCAAGUUUAUUUUUCGACACAAGGGGGCGCUGAGGUCUCCAUCCUGUAUCCCUAACAAAGAUGUGGUCUCCGCAGUCUUACAUUAUUAAUGUUUCUCAGAUGGCUGAGGGGCUUGCUUCAUCUGUUCUGUCUGACACUUACCUCAAGUCUGUCUGUAAUUUCCUAAUGUUCUCAGGAUGUGUUCCGAUAAAACCCUCCCCAUAACCCCUAGUUAAUAAAAAUGUUCAGAUUACUCAAAUACCUGAGGUUUUUUUUUUAAUACUUGUACAGAGGAAUAAACAGGACCUCGAGUCUAUUAAAAUGUAAUUCAAAGUAGCAUAUGAUUGAAUUAUAUCAUGUGUACUGUAUCUUUCUGAUUUAAUAAAAAAAUGCAUUUAUAUUGAAA